AUGGGCCAGAGACACAACCGCCGCCGGACAAGGCCUCGCUCUCGACGACGGAUGAACAACAAGAACAACAACAACGCUGCCUCGCGGCUUCUGCAGGCCGUGCCUCCCCAGCCGGAGGUAUACGGCUCCUCACACUUUGCUACCGUCUCGCUCCCUCCGCCACCUGGCUGCUCCCCCAGUGCUCGCAACCACUGCCAUGGCCGUGCGCCCUCAGCCCAACUCUGGCAUAAUCGGUACAUGGCAUGGCAUGGUCGGGGCUCAGGGGCAUCCUCUCCCAUCUCACAGCAGCAGCAGCAACAGCAUCAACUACAUCAGUAUCAGCAUCUGUACCAGCAACUGCAUGAGCAACGUCAAGAAGCGAGUGCUAAGCUAGAGGCAGAUCAGUGUCGGCUGUUUGGCGGCGUGCCCGGAGACGACGUGGCUUUGUGUUUUCGCAUGCUGGAGUUCUUUGGCGGUCUUGAUUAUAUCGAGUGA